GUUUGCAAAAUAAGUACUACACAUUUUUAUAUUAAAAUGAGUACUACCUUGUACCUACAUAGUAAUGUACCAUAUACUUCUCCUUUGAACCUUUUCUCCCACUGUCUUGAACUUAGCCAUUCCAGUUACAAUAAUGUCGCAAGGCGUGGCGCGUCUCUUGAGCGUGCUAAAGAGGUUUGCAGACUUUCAGUUCACCCUCCUCAGGAAACGCUAUGGUCCCCAAAUCACGGAGAUCUUCGAGUUCCCUAUAAAUGUGGUAUUGACCCCUUUCACGCUUCCCUUCGAAAUUGCUGGCUCCGCCCAACGCGGCUUUGGCGUCCCCGAAUUCAUUUCUAAGCUAUCUUAUUCAGCAAUUUUUGCAGUAGCUACGCUGGGAACUUGUGAUGUUGCAUUGGAGCUGGGAAAGAAGUUUGUUUGUACGAGUGACUGUAGGAUCUGCAAUGGCUGGAAGGCUUUGCAGUGCACAAUGUGCAAGGGUUCAGGGAUGGUGCAAUACCAGGUGAAAGAUUACCAUCUGCAAAGUGCCGAGAAACCAACAGUGGAAUGUAUUGCAAAUGCCAUAGCUGAGAACCGAGCAGAGUUAGUGCACUUUCCGUCAGCAGUGGAUCUUCCUGUGCCACUUCCAUUUAAAGAUUGUCCAACCUGUAGUGGAUCCGGCUCUAUGAUCUGCCCAGAAUGCAAAGACAAGCCAGCAAUCAAGCUAUCUACUGAUAAUAUAGUGGAGCCGCCAUGGAUACCUUUUAACAUAAUGAAAAAGAUAGACUACCCUUAUGAGCAUAUAGUUGACAGUAUGAAAGAUCCCAGUAUUGCAGCAUUUUGGUUGAUUACCCUGCCUCAGGUUGUUGGAGGUUUUGAAUAUGAUGAUGAUAUCAAGAGGAAGAUUUGGUGGCAGUACAAGGAAUCUAUGCGAUACGAUCAUCUGAGAGAUGAGGUUGCCAAGCGGAAGCCAGGGUGGGAGUACUUGCAAGAUGCCUUGAUUUCAAUCGAUCCUGUCCGUGCUAGGGAUGAUCCUGUUGUUGUAAAAAAUAUCCCUUAUUACAGAGCUAAGAAGGUGCUAGAAGCUGAAGUAAUGAAGCUUGACCCUCCGCCACGUCCCCGAGAUUGGGGAGAGUUGAACCUUCCACUCAGUUCAUCUUCUUGGAGUGAAGAAGAUCUCAAAGAUCCAACAAGAUUCUAUGAAAUGACGGUUCUUCUUAAUGCCCAGAGAGAAAUUGCAGAGCAGAUGCUGGAUGCUCAGUGGGAAGCUAAGUGGCGGGAAGAAAAGCUGAACAAAAUGCUGGAAGAGAAGGUGCGGCCAUACCUUCAGAAUGUUGACAAUAGUGUGCUUUCUCGGCCGAUUUUAGUAAAGAAUGAUGCCCAAAAGAAACCCCACAGGCAAAGACGGUGGUGGAUCUUUUGAUGAGAUCUAUUUAAUCAUAGCCUCUGCAUUCUGUAAUGCGUAUGUACCAGCCUAGCUUUCAUCUAGCUCCCUGGAAUAUUUAUUUAUUAAAAAAGGCAUGUGGUUUUAAUGUUGUACCAAAUUCUGAUUAUGCAAUGAACUUCAACAAUAUAUGCUUGUCACUGACAUUUUCUCGUUGGCAAAAAGUGAGCAAUUUCAUUAAUGUGUUAACAGAAAGAUUACACUAAAGAAGUUGCAUGGUA